AUGUCGGAAGAACUCUUGGUUGGAGGUGUUGAGAGUAGAAAGCUUAAGCGUAAGAUUGAGGAAACUUCUUCAAAUGAUGUUGUAGAUUCAGAAUUGGUAUUGUCUCUAAGUCUUGGCAAUAACAAAAAAGUUAAUGAAUCUUCCUCCAAGAUCUUUAGUAAACCAUUGAAAAAUUGUAAGGAUUCACCAAGUUUUUCUCAAAAAGUUAUGGAAAACACCAAUCAUCAAGUGGUCUUUCCUAAGCAACGCCAGUUUUCCUGCAAGUUUUGCGAUAAGAAAUUUCCAACCUCUCAAGCUCUAGGGGGACACCAAAAUGCUCAUAGGCGUGAAAGAGUGCUCUCUAGGAUGGAUAAAGAAAUUGAGAUGGGAACUUUUGGACCUGGUGCUCAAAUGUUUCCAUACUCAUCCAUGCCACAUCCCCAUCCCUUUCGUGGCCCAAUUCCCUUUUAUUAUGGGGCUAACUUGCAUCCCAUGGCUCACAUGUCAACCAUGCCAUGGCCUCAUUUUGUACCUAGUUAUGGAAACCAAGGGUUGAACAACACAUCCAUCAUCGAGCAGCGAUUUGGGAUGACCAACACAUGGGGUGUAACUGCUGAAAAUCCACAGAACAUUUAUCGUAGGGAUGUUGGAUUUGGUGAUGAUCAUAAUCAAGUUCCUUCACUUGAUGUAGCUGGUAGAGCCACCAUGGCUCGUUCUGCACUUAAUGGCCUUCUAGGAAAUCAGUACACUAGGAACAUAUAA